GAACAGCACAAAUUUGGUUAACGGAAACAGGGCCAUUUCCACUGACAACAGAGUUUACUACAAUAACCUCUCAGCUUGCAUACACGCUUAGAGACACGCACAUCCCCCCCCACUUUCACGAACACCUACCUAUACUUAGUUAUAAUGGCAAUGUCUAUCACCGGCGUGUCUGCGCUACCCCGCGCUGCUAUGCAAGCUCCCAGAUUUCUGGGAGCUCAGCAGAGCCGCAAUAUGGCCACCCUGAAAGAGAUUAAGACGCGUUUGGUGUCGGUGACCAACAUUCAGAAGAUCACCAAGUCCAUGAAAAUGGUGUCCGCCGCAAAGUUCUCGCGCGCUGAGCGACAAAUGAAGGCUGGCAUGCCCUUCGCCCGUGGAGCGGCUGGUUUGUCCAAGGCUGCUGAGAUCACUGUUGAGGACGACUACCAGGGCCGUGUAAUUAUCUGCCUGUCAUCCGAUCGUGGUUUGUGUGGUGGUAUCCACUCGGCCAUUACCAAGGCUGUCAAGCCCGUUCUGAGCAAGGAUUCCGAGGCCAAGGUGUUUAUCUGGGGUGACAAGGUGCGCAUGCAGCUGCAACGUAUCUACCCCAAGAACAUCCAAGCACAUUUCGCCGAGAUCGGCAAGAGGCCCCCCGUCUUUGUGGAGGCGGCUGCCCUGGCUGACUAUGUGCUGAGCAGUGGUGUCGAGUGGAACAAGGGACAGGUGUACUACAACGAGUUCCUCUCGGCCAUCGCCUACGAGCCCACCUCCCUGACCAUCUUUAACCCCAGCAGCUUAAGCGAAAUGGAGAGCAUUGCCUCCAAGUACGAGGUUGACGAGGGCACCCUAGAGUCGUACGGUGAGUUCACGCUAGCCUCCACACUCUACGGAUCAAUGCUGAUCGCCCAGGCCGCUGAGCAGAGUGCUCGUAUGCAGGCUAUGGAGAACGCUACCUCCAACGCCGGAGAUAUGAUUGAGAAGCUUACUCUGCGAUACAAUCGUACCCGACAAGCCGUUAUCACCAACGAGCUUAUCGAGAUUAUCUCCGGAGCUGCCGCUGUUUAAGACGUCGGUGGCAUAUGUAUGUGCAUGCAUGACUCGAGUGCUGAGCUUGUGUGCAUCUGUUGGGGUGACCUAGUUAUGGGUUGCGAAUCCUUGGGCACCAUUCAUGGAUCAGUAUACCUUGACGAGUAUGUGGUACGAUUUAGUCAACGUGCCCACGGGGCCCAAUAGCCUACGUUUGAGAAUAAAGGUUCUGUACAGCAUGAGAACAUGUAAGUUAAUCCGCUUCUACUCCAUCUCAAAAGUCAAGCCAUUGCGUUUUCACGGUCUCCGAGUACUGUGCCCACUGUAUAUCGAUAUUACUUGCCCUACACUGCUGGAGACGAACAGGCGCCUAUGUGUCCAGAUGGUACACACCUGUGCUAUUUGAACCUUGUGGGUGUGUUUAUUAUAACAUACCAUUAAAAAACGGUCGAUUGUCGUGGAUGACAAGUAUGCCA